AUGAAUCCGUCAGUGCUGCUCGUGACCCUGCUGCUUCUGUCCUGGACCAGUGCAGAGAAAGAUCUUAAAGUAAGGGUGGCUCGAUCCAGCAACGAUGAGACCAACCUACACUGGGAGGAAUGUAAAGGAUCUGUGCCUGAUGGAGCCGUUUCAAUUCGAAACACUUACGUGACUCCGGCUCGCACAGAGUAUGUCUGCAAAUCUGCUUGCCAAGCUGGUUACUACAGCACCAAGGAUUCAAAGUGCCACUACCCCUAUUUAUCACGAGAAAUGUCAUCCUCUAGCAACUGCUAUAUCCUGGUGAACAGAGAUAACUUUGAGCUUCUGGAGUGGAAGGACGGUUACGGUGGUUCAGUGCCAGCCAACGCAGUCAGUACAUGUGGUAGGAAUGAGAUGUUUGUAGGGAAGAGUGCGUACGGUCUCGGAAAAAUAUAUCCUCCUAACCGCUGCUUAUAUUAUGUUUGGAACGGUGCAGAGACCUGGACCAAGACGUACCAGGCUCUGACUAUGAAUAAAGACAUUACUGAACAGACCAUGAAAGAUGUGAAAUACCAGACUGAAGGGGUUCCUGUCAUUGAGGGUAAACCAGAAGUCAUGCGCAGAUCUACCGCCAAAAACCAGCACUGUCUCGAAGUUACAAAAACAGUUACGCUCACCAAAGACAUUUCGACAGAGGAAAGGUGGGAUGUCACUAAUGCAAUCACAUUAGGUGUCAAAACUAGUGUCACAGCUGGGAUUCCUGAUGUUGCCUCUGCAUCACUUGAGGUUAGCAUGAUGGCGACGAGGGAGUUUACUAAGGGAGCCAGUAAGACUGAGACUCAGUCGUACUCUGUUUCUGUGUUAGUGCCAGUUCCACCAAAACAGUCCUGUACUGUCAGUAUGGUUGCACAGGUGAACAAAGCAGACAUCCCUUUCACAGCAACCUUGAUCCGCACCUACCGAGGUGGCAAGAAAACUCAGACAACGACCAAAGGGUUCUAUAGGACGACCCAGGUAGCAGAAACCCACGCAAACAUAGAACAAUGUACCAUCAUAGGUGACUUGAAAGAUUGUCCAAAGGUUUCAAGCACCAGCAGCCCUGCGGCCUCAAUAUUAAGGAGGAUUCAGAUGAACCCAGGUAAAGUGGCGGCAGUGCACGAAUGGGCAGUUCCUAGCAACCGUAAGGAGGUUCAGAGGUUUCUGGGGUUUGUGAACUUUUACCGCAAGUUCAUCCGAAAUUUCAGUAUGGUCGUUGCUCCGCUGCAUAACGUGACCUCAUUCCUAUGGGCGUUCAAGUGGACACCGGAAUGUGACGAGGUCUUCAAGGUCCUAAAACAAUGCUUUACGGCAGCCCCCGUGCUACUCCUUCCUAACUCCUCUCGGCAGUUUGUGGUUGAGGUCAAUGCUUCCAACAUUGGUGUGGGGGCAAUCCUGUCUCAAAUUAAUUGCGCCGACUAA